CAGAGGAAAAUCAGGCAGCGAGAAAAGUCAAAACAACAGCUAUUUUGCAAUCUCCCGGCAUGUUAUCUUGAGCUACGUGAUUUUUUGAAAAUAAUCGAAUUUCCUACCAGAAUAUCGUAUAGCAGAAGAUCAGUGCUUAGUGUUAUAUUAUUUAAUAAUAAAGAUGUUUAGCUGUCUUCGGUUGUCAGCUCCUCUAGUUCGGGGUGCUUACGGCUUCCCGAGUUUGGCGAUAAAAAAUCUAGCUCCCAGUCGAUCCUUUCUGAGCUUCACUGGCCAAUCCGGGGGAAGUCGUUUCCUGCUGCGAAAAGUAGAUAAGGCGAAUCUUCCAACACUUAGUCGCGUGUUGCAGACCUCCCUUACACGAUACUGCACAAAGCCGGAAGUAACGGAAAAGGGCCGCAAAGCGGUAGGCUACUGGCUGCUCGGUUGUAGCGGAAUGGUUUUCGUAGCCGUUGUGUUAGGUGGAGUCACGCGGUUGACAGAGUCGGGCCUUUCGAUGGUGACGUGGAAGUUGCUGGGAGAAAAGAUGCCUCGAACGCAGCAAGAGUGGGAGAGAGAAUUCGAACGUUACAAGCAGUUUCCUGAAUUUAAAAUCAAAAACCAAGACAUGACGCUUAGUGAGUUCAAAAUGAUUUGGCACAUGGAGUUCGGCCAUCGAAUGUGGGGUAGAUUAAUUGGUGCAUUCUACGCCCUUCCAGCAGUGUAUUUCUGGUCUAGAGGAUACUUGGAUCGUGGAAUGAAGAUUCGCACCGUUGCGUUUGGAGCUUUGAUUGCCGCUCAGGGUCUAAUGGGUUGGUACAUGGUGAAGUCCGGUUUGGAGGAUAGAUUUCACGAGGAAAGCGAUGUACCACGAGUUUCUCAGUAUCGAUUGGCUACCCAUCUAGGAUUUGCUUUUGUGCUCUACACAUUAUUUCUGUGGUCAGCCCUGGAUAAGCUGCUACCAGCUCAAAAAUUAUUAGGAACCAUUCCGGCAGCAUCUUUGCGAUUCAAAGGAUUUGCACACGCCACCAAAGCAGCAGUAUUUAUCACCGCACUUUCUGGUGCAUUUGUAGCCGGCCUGGAUGCCGGUUUGAUUUACAAUUCAUUCCCAAAAAUGGCUGACCGAUGGAUUCCCAGCGAUAUUCUGGCUAUGUCACCAACGCUGCGAAAUUUUACCGAGAAUCCCACAACGGUUCAGUUCGAACAUCGGUUGCUCGGUACGGCAACACUAACGCUUAUAACGGGAAUGUUCAUGCUUUCGAGACGUCGGCUGUUACCACCGAGGGCAUACACGGCUGCUACGGCCGUGGCCGUAAUGGGUUGGGUACAAGUAUUACUGGGCAUCACCACACUGCUUACAUAUGUUCCGGUGCCGCUUGCCGCAAGCCAUCAGUCUGGCUCACUGAUUCUGCUUUCGAUGGCUAUUUGGUUGACACAUGAGUUGAAGUUAGUUAAACGACUACCUAAGUAGUGUUAGAGAGUAUAACAUGUGAUGAAUCGCAAAAUCAAAUAAUCAAUUAGUCGAUCCAUCGCAUCCGAAUGAUUCGUAAAACAAACGAAUUCAGUUUUGUAUUUACUGGUUCUCGGAUCGAAAGAUCAAAAGUUAUAAGUAUUCUUGAAAGCGAUUCACGAAUAAAGUCAUGUAUAUAAGUAA